AUGACGGCUUGGCCUUUGCUUGUGGCUUCAAUGGAAGUGGCCAGUGUGACCUUCCAGAUUUGGAUGAAGGUGAGCACGGUGGCGGAUGUGCAGGUUGCCGCGGGAGAUUCGCACACUAUUCUGCUCCGAAGCGAUGGCACGGCUGUGUCCUGUGGACGGAACCAGGCUGGACAACGGGACAUUCCAGUUUUGGGAGAUGGCAUGCGUUACACCCAAGUCUCCGCAGGACUCCUCCACACGGUGCUUCUCCGUAGCGAUGGUACCGCCGUGGCCUGUGGUGACAAUGGUUGGGGGCAGUGCGACAUUCCUUCUUUGAGUGCAGGUGUCACUUACACAGAGAUCAGUGCAGGACAUCGACAUACUGUUCUGGUCUGCAGCGAUGGCACAGCAGUGGCAUGCGGCAGCAAUACUCACAAGCAGUGCACACUUCCGACUCUGGCAGCAGGACUGACCUAUGGGGUGCCAACGCUGGUACUCCAGGCGUCAUGCGACGGUGAUUCGAUAGAUGUCAAGACGUUUGGCGGAGAGACACUUUGCCACAUCCGGGCAGCACCCACGGACCGUCUCAUCAACAUCUACGCCGAUUUGAUGAUUGAGCCCUUGCGCAGGUUCGGGAACGUCCACAUCAUCUUGCCAGGAGGCGAACUUCUCCGCAAUCUGCCAGCUGAGGAGACCGUGGGACGCUUCUUUGGGCUGUGCGAACGUUAA